AUGUCUAAGCGUCAUCAAUCGCAACUCAACGGCGGCCGCACCGGCAAAAGGCCGCGGCUUGUGCCGAAGAAGCACCUCUAUCUGGCGCUGGAUGAUUGGGACAAGGGCUUCAGCAUCCACAAGAUCGAUGCCGACACCUUGCAAGACACCUGCACCGACCUGCAGGUCGGGUUCCCUGACCCUGCUGCCCUCCGGUUUGUGGCGCCAGUACAUUAUCUCGGCAUGAACUUCACUGCCUUUGGCAACAACAUCUUCAUCGCCACCAACCCGCACUGUGGACAGACUCCUACCCUUGUAUAUGAUGCCGAGACGGCAGGACUCACCAUCGGCCCAAGCCUACCUGUUCCACUGCUCGGUGGCAUUGACAUCUCCGUGGCUGCUGGUGAUACCUUGUAUGCAUUGAAAUCACGCCAUGGCGGCGAGCAGCACUCCUUCGAGGCCAUGUCGUGGGCACCCACUGGGAAUGAUGAUGAGUGGUCUCCAAGGCCAGCUAUGGCUUGGUCCUGGAAAAGCUUGCCCUCACCACCACCAUUUGCCAUGGGUGAUGAAAUUACCUCCUACGCGAUGCACCCGGACGGACGCACCAUAUUCAUGUCUGCGCACGACAGGAACUAUCGGCAUCUUCCCAAGGGCACCUUCUCCUUUGACACCGAGCAUUGUGAGUGGAAAUGGUGUGGGGAAUGGGUGCUGCCUUUCCAAGGCCAAGGCUACUUCGACGGCGAGCUUGACGCAUGGGUCGGGCUUCACAGAGAUGGGUACAUUUGCUCCUGUCAAGUCGCCUCCCGCAGCAGAGCAAGUACUGUGCAGCCGGAUUGGAAGAUGGUCAAGGAGAAGUUGUUCCUCAAGGUCCCGGAGAGGCGAGUGCAACAUACAAGGCCCACUCUCGCGUACAUGGGCGACGGCAAGUUUUGCCUUGUCGAGUGCGUGCUACGUGAGGGAGUGGAGUUUAGGUGCGCCUUUGGUGACCGUGAUGGUUUCCUGCUCCAUAUGAGCACGUUUGGCCUUAAGUAUGAUCACAGGGGAGAGCUGAGAACCACACGCCAUCACACUAACUCCUAUGUAGUGUCUAAGCAUCUCGGGGGAUCUUCUCCUGUGGUGUUCUGGAUGUAAGCGGUGUUUUGCUUGUUUUCUUUGAACCAUGUCCGAGUUAUCUGGAUGUAAGCUACGGUAUGUGGCACUAUAAAGUGAAAUAAAAAGAAGUUAGUUCUCUUCGCAAUUUUCUUGA